AUGGAUGUUGACUUGGAACCACUCAAUUCACAAGACAAUGUCGAAGAUUGCAUGAUGACUGGUGUAGAAGAAAAUGUUAACUGCACUUGUGAUUGCGGUGGCACCAGUACUUAUAAGUUGUAUGUACGUUAUGCGAGGUGUCUCGGGUUUGGAGUUCACAAGGGUGAUACAGCACGUGGAAAAGAUGGAACACAGUGUAGAAGGAUGUUUUUUUGUAGCAAGGAAGGAAAGAGAGCCGAAAAAUACAUAUCUAGUUUGAGUAGGAAGAGGGAGCAUAGAGCGCUGACUCGCACUGGUUGUGAAGUCAUGCUUGCUGUGUAUCUUGACACUAAAACUUCAACUUGGAGGGUUAAAAAAUUAGUUGAGACGCACAACCAUGAUCUUGGCCCACAAUGCUUGGUACACCUAAUUCCAAACCACCGAGGGUUGAUUGAGCCACAAAAAGCUCAGGCGAAUACCAUGCAUGAUCAUGGUCUUUCAAUCUCUAUAAUAAUGGGACUAAUGGUAGGCCAAGCCAGUGGCUAUGCCAACGUCGGGUUCACAAAGAAGGACCUAGAUAAUCACUUUCAAAGAACUCGUCGUGUAAAGCUCAUUGGUAGGGAUUCCAAUGCGACGAUUAGCUAUCUUCUUGGGAAAGCAGAUGUCGACUCGAUGGCCAUGGCAAGGUACAGUGCUACUGAUGAAGGUCGGCUGGACAAACGGAUGGCAACAUAUACGUGGUUGUUGCAAAACUUUCUAGAAGUCAUGCUGAACAAGUCUCCCAGUGUUGUGGUCACAGACGGUGACGAAGCAAUGAAGGCAGCAAUUCGAGAAAUCUUCCCAGAUGUAACUCACUGA